GAGAGGGAGGGAGGCAGUUUGUUUCUUGGUUGUUGGUGUAGACGGACGAGGAAGAGGAAGGAGGAGGAGGAGGAGGAGAUCUCGGUGUGAGGUCGAGUGGCUGGAUUUCUCGGCUCCGGGCGCACGGGUCGUGGCGGUAGAGUAUGAGACGAAGGUCGAUGUCAGACGCUUCUCCUCCUCCCCUCGAGGGCGGCCACCCCAGGACGAUACGUGUGCCUUGCGGAUGAGCGAAUUUGUUUUCGUAGGCUGCGGUCGACGAAGACAUCUCCGGCGCGAGCCUUUGUUUGUUUGGUAAUGGUAGCUCAGGUCUCGGGUUAGAGCAACGACGGCGAGGAAGCAAGCCGGCCCUUCCCCGUGCACCGCACCAUCAGCGUCUUUCAGACGGCAGACUGAUCACUUUCAAGAAGCAAAUACUGCACCACUUCUUCUUUCGAGACCUUGCCGAUUCUGCGGGGAACUGGCAGUUUUGCGUGGACCGAGUCCGAACUAGAGACGGAGGGAGAGCUGAGGUGGGAUUGGACGUCGAGGUCUUUGGAAAAAAAUGAUGGAAAUAGAUAGAUUUUAGGGUGAGAAUUGGACUAUUUGAGGAACAGCAGUAGCUGCUGCCUUCUGUCACAACUGAAAAGGUCUGCGGUGGGGGUUGAGGGUCGAUUGAACGAUUAUCAGACAUGGCGAGCAGGGCGUCGUUCCUGAGCGCAGAGGCCGCGGCUACGGCCUCUGUAGCUUUCACGACCAACAAUGGAACUGGAGCUGCAGAAGCUCGAAAUAAUGGCCGGAGACGCGGUGGAAGAGUGCGGUCCAGCGCUCGACCGUCCUACGAGAUUCACCAUCAGGAGCAGCCGGUGUGGAUUGGGCCUCCUCCUAUGCAGCAGAGGUUGGCAGUCGGGGUGGUACCCGGCACAGGCAAGGCUAGCUCUCGCGCAGGGCCGAAUGUGCAUUCCCGCCCUGGUAUGGACGGAGUUGGGUCUCUGCACCACAACCUUCAAUCUCAGGGUGCCCUCAGUGCGGAGUUUUGUGGUCGCAGAUCCACUCGUCUUGUUUCCAAAUUCCACCACGGACGCCAAAAGCUGUAUCUCGGUAAGCACAGUCCGGAAGCGGACAUGGUGGCUGAGAGGGUGCUGAAGGCCACUUCGGCCAUAGGCACGGCCGCUCUGCUCGAUCAGUGGUCGGACAAACUAGUGUGCGUCGAGGACUUCCCUUAUCUGCUGCGCGAGCUCGGUAACUGGGGAGCUUGGGAGAAGGCUUUGAAAAGUUUCGAGUGGAUGUUGAGGCAGGCGCGGCUCAGCGGUGAGUGGAGUAAGCUCGCGAGCAUUAUGAUCAGCACUCUGGGACGACUGGGAAAGGUGGAUCUUGCCCAGGAAGUGUUCAACAACGCGCAAUCCCGAGGGUUCGGUGAUAACGUGUACGCUUAUUCGGCUCUCGUGAGCGCCUACGGUCGUAGUGGUCGAUGCAAAGAAGCUCUGGAUGUAUUCCAGUUGAUGAAGAAGUCCGGGUGCAAACCUAAUCUCAUAACUUACAACACCAUCAUCGACGCAUGCGGCAAAGGCGGAGUCGACCUCAACAAGGCGCUCGAAAUUUUUGACGAAAUGCAGAGGGAAGGAGUCGAACCGGACCGCAUAACCUUUAAUUCUCUGAUCGCAGUUUGCAGCCGAGGCAGUCUCUGGGAGGAGUCGCAGAAAGUGUUUGCUGAAAUGCAGCGCCGUGGCAUUGAACAGGACAUUUUCACAUACAACACUUUGAUAGACGCCGUCUGUAAGGGGGGCCAGAUGGAGUUGGCCGCAUCGAUCGUAGCAGCCAUGCGACACAAGUCAAUAAACCCGAACGUUGUCACUUACAGCACUAUGAUUGAUGGCUACGGCAAAAUUGGCUGUUUUGAUCAGGCCAUCAAUUUAUACCACGAAAUGAAAGACGCCAACAUAUAUCCUGAUCGAGUUUCUUACAACACUUUAGUCGACAUUUAUGCGAAGCUUGGGAGAUUUGACGAUGCUCUCGCCACCUGCACUGAAAUGGAGAGGGCCGGCUGGAAAACCGACGUAGUCACGUACAACGCCCUCAUAGAUGCAUAUGGCAAACAGGGCAAAUACGACGAUGCAUCUAAAUUGUUCGACAAGAUGAAAUCAGAAGGCGUCGUUCCGAAUGUGUUGACCUACUCUGCUCUGAUAGAUGCGUAUUCUAAGGGUGGGCGACACAGAGAAGCUAGCGAGGUUUUUCAGCAGUUCAAGAAGGCUGGUCUGCAACCGGAUGUUGUUCUCUACAGCGCUCUGAUUGACGCCUAUUUCAAGAAUGGGUUGGUCAAUGAGGCAGUGGCACUGCUGGAGGAGAUGAUGAAGCAGGGCAUCCAGCCGAACAUAGUCACGUACAACUCUCUCAUCGAUGCUUACGGAAGACGGGGCGAGGUCGACAAAGCCUGGAAGACACUGGAGUCUAGUAGGGAUGACAACAUCACUCCUGAUUGUACAAAUGUGAACACCAUUUAUCAUCAACACAGGCCUAGAACUGUGCACACGGAGGGUCCCGCCUGCAACAAUGAAUUGAUAGCUAUUGGAAGGCAACCUGUGGAUGAAUCAUGCAUCCCUGUAGAUCGCAAUAAGGGCAAGCAUGGAAACAUUUUGGCAGCUGUGAAAAUCUUCCACGAUAUGCAGGAGUCGGGAUUAAAACCCAACGUCGUGACGUUCUCAGCUAUUUUGAACGCAUGCAGUCGCUGUGCGUCUUUCGAAGAGGCUUCCGUCCUUUUGGAGGAGAUGAGACUUUUUGAUAGCAGGGUCUACGGCGUUGCAUACGGAUUGCUGAUGGGUUCACGCGAGCAUGUUUGGGGGGAAGCUGAGGUUCUCUUCAACCAAAUUGCCUUCAUGGACUACGCCACUGCAGCAGCCUUCUACAAUGCCUUGACGGAUGUUCUUUGGCACUUUGGCCAGAGAGAGGGUGCUCAAAAGGUGGCUGUGGCAGCGAAGAGGCGCAGAGUAUGGGAGAACGCCUGGUGGCGAUCUGACCAGCAGUUUUGUCUCGAUCUCCAUUUAAUGUCUGUAGGUGCUGCACAAGCUAUGCUUCAUGUAUGGCUGCUUGACAUACGAAGUUUGGUCUGGGAAGGCCACGAGCUACCACGUUUUUUGAGUAUCCUGACUGGAUGGGGCAAACACAGCAAAGUGGCCGGCGCAAGUGCUGUGAAGAAGGCUGUGGAAACCCGGUUGAUGGAGAUUGGAGCACCUUUCCAGGUGGCUAAAUAUAACGAAGGGCGUCUGAUUUCAGCGGGACGAGUCGUCUAUAAUUGGCUCAGGGAUGCGAAAACUCUUCCUCUCCUUCUUUUACAGGAUUCCAGGCAGGCUCCAUAUCCAAGAAGGGAGAUGUCCAUGCCAGACUUGCGGCUACUGUCACUGCAACCCCCAUAGUUACACCCUGUUUAUAGUUGCUUUGAAGGUUAAAUGUAGGACCAAACAUCCUUUUACUUAUUUUGUGCAAAGAAAAGAGGUGACAGGGAAGGAGGGAAAGAGAUGGGUCAGGCAUCAGCAAGUGCAUCUACUAGUUCUGUGUUCGAGUUAGAAACAACCAUUGCUUUGAAGAGUACUAGGUUCACGAGACUACGGAAGGUUUUCAACCGCGCCAUAUUAGUAGUCCGGUGAGUCUGCCAAAGAACCUGUAGUUUGUCGUUGUGUUUGCUGCUGCAGAUGUGAGGAGAGCCCCCUCAGAUUUGAGAACCCUUUUCUGUCACCUCUUGCGACGACCAACCUGACAGCUGUGCGGAGACAGACAAAAUUUUUGGACCUCAUUGCGGGAUGAGGGUAGCAUUACAGCCUUGAGAGAAGUGAAGCAGAGGCUUUCACAAUAUUUGUAGUACGUGUCUGUGGCCGGCCAACUGUAACGCCAAUGGAGACAGACAAGUCCGGGAGUGCCACAGGGAUGGAACUGCGAAUUUUCCACUUUACAACCACUUAGAAGGCUGAAGUAUUUGUGUCGGGGAUAGUCGGAGAAAACUCAAAUGUCAUGCCUGACAAAAAAGAGCAUGUCCGUCCGUCCAUCAGAACGGGCUCUCGGGCCAAGAUGAGCUUACCAACAACGAACAUAUCUUGACUGUGAAGCAGUCUUCGUGAUUGACAGCGACGAGCAUUCUUACGUCAUCACAAGCAGAUCAAAGCGCAUCGGACAAGUACACCAUUGAAUAUACGAAGCUGAGGAGGAGAAAGGAAUUAUAUCUAGAAGAGGUACAAGUAUCAUGCCAUACAGGUUACGAAGUACUCAGUCCCAUCAGUGUGGCUGCCGCAUUUUGUGCAGGAAGAUAUCUGAUUUAAAAGUAGAUUAUGCUUGCAGCCGCCGUUGAAAGCUUCAAAAAUGUGUAAAGAUGUGCUUGGCCCACGAGAAAUAAAACACGGAUGGACUAAAUUGUACAGACAAUCCGCUUUGUAAAUAUAUCGAUAUCAUUUAACUUUUU